GGUUGUCGGUUGGAGUGGAAUGGAAACCAUGGGAACCGGUGUUUAAUGUUUUGUUUUUAUUAAACUUUUUUACCUGUUGUAUUGAUUGUUUUGUUUAUGUAUAUAUUUUAUCAUUAAUCAUUUAAGAUAUUGUUAAUUGUAAAUACUACUUUAACUUUAUAAUUUAUCCAACUACAUAGAGAAUGAGAUCUCUAUUGAUAACUGGAGCCAACCGAGGGAUUGGUCUGGAACUGGUCAGACAGUUCCUAAGCCAUCCCACUGCUAAGCCAGAGAUUCUCAUCGCUACAGCCAGGAAACCUGCCGAGGCCAAGGAACUGCAUAACUUGGCUGCCAAAGAUAAAAGUCUCCACAUUCUGCCUUUAGAUGUAACAAAGUUUGACACCUUCAAGGAGUUUGGGGAGAAGGUGAGCAAGAUUGUAGGGGACAAAGGGCUCAACGUGCUCCUUAACAAUGCUGGUAUCCUGUUGGACAGAGAGUCCAAACUAGAGACAAUCACUCCAGACAGCAUGACAGCACAGUUUGUCUCUAACGCUGUGGCCCCAGUUAUGCUCACCAAGGAGUUGCUUCCACUGGUGAAGAAGGCUGCAGCAGCCCAGAGUUCUGUGCAAGGUAUCAGCGUGAACAAAGCUGCUCUUGUCUACAUGUCCUCGGUUCUGGGUUCCGUCAAGUCUAAUGAGGGUCAGUGGGGUGGAGGUUACUGGGGCUACAGAGAGAGCAAGGCAGCUCUGGACAUGUCAGCCCGCACAAUACAGAAGGAGGUGGCACCUGCAGGGGUGGGGGUGCUGGUAUUACACCCCGGCUGGGUACAAACUGACAUGGGAGGGCCCAACGCUCUCGUCACCCCUACCCAAAGUGUACAGGGUCUCAUCAAAGUCAUCCUGAGCCUCAGUGACAAGAACAACGGUGCCUUUAUACAGCACGACGGAGCAGAGCUACCGUGGUGAUCAUGCAAUUAAUGCACACAACCACAAACAUCACAAAUUUAUAAUUCUAAAAGUAUUAUGAUAAACAACAAUAUAUUUACAAUGUUUUAAAGAUAAAAAGAUAAUUAUAAUCUUCUCCUAUUGUACAGUUA